AUGAUCGAGACAACGCUGCCCCUUAACAAAACCCGGAAUGUGCUGUCCAGUGUGAUUGCACUCUCGUCAGAUUCCUCCAGCCUCAUCCAGCACGAUUCGAGCGUUUCUACUGUGCUUCAGGAGGGGAAGAGCAGCAGCAGCAGCAUCAACAACAACGGGCGACCCGAGAGCCGAAGUGCAAGUGGCUUACCAGACAACUACUUCAAUGUGCUGAGUGCGGACAAGAGCGAAACGCUCUCCAUUCCUCCCGAUCUUAUCGAGCCCACAGCAGGCUCCGCGAACUAUUUGGUCAAGAAUCAGAACAAUAGUGCUCCCACCUUUGCGUUUUACCUCUGCAAGAUGUACACGAGCGGCUCCACCUGUGCACACGGCGCGCUGUGCGACUUUAUCCACAGCCGCCACGUGCUGGCGGACCCACCAGGUCUCAACACGCGGGUGAAGGUCAUUCGAGUGCACUGGUCGUUCCCCGUUUCCUCCCUCGCUGAAGCGCCGUACGAGCGGCACGAGCCGGGGGCCGUGUUUUACAUUAACCAGGGCAGCAGCGGGGACAAGACGCUGUACACCUCACACAACACACCCAAUCCGCGCCGCUUGCCGUCGGAGUAUGUGUACAAAACGAAGGGUAGUGAGGAGGCGUUGCUGAAUGGUUCAGCAAAACUACUUCGUCUGUGCAAGCACUACGAGCGUGAGAAGUGUGCGCGGGGGAGUGCGUGUAACUUCAUCCAUCGUGUUCGCUUGAUGUCUAUGCCCAGGGCGCCGGCACCGCCACCGUUGCAGCCACAGUUGACCAAUCAGGCAACUGGUUUCAACAUCAUCAAUUCGUGCCAAGGGCCCGGCGGCGUUCAACGGCCGUACUCGACGGGCAUCCCUUGCAUGACGGGCGAACUGACAGCUCCGACGCAGUCCGCGGGUGUCAUGACGUUUGGUGCAUGUGGGACCCAACCAACGAACAGAGGCUUCAUCAUCACACCACCUCUACAACAGCAACAACAACCCCAACAGCAACAACGACUACAUCAGCAACCGCAACAGCUGUUCGCCCAAACGCGUGGAUUCUCUUUUACACCUGUCUACACCUCACAGCAAACGUCAUACACGGCCAGUCCUCAAGAUUCGAUUUCGGCGGUUCCUUUUCAAGGCCCAGCUUCGUUCUACACCCAACAUCAUCAUCAUCAUCAACAUCAUCAGCCGCAGCUGCAACAACAACAACAACAGCAGCAGUCGAGACUGCAAGAUGUUUCGCAGAACCCCACUCCGGAACUGGCGCACCAAUCGAUAAUUUCGAUCCCUUCAACGCCCGACUCCCUUCUUUCGCAGCUGCUGUUCACCUUCAUGUAA